AUGACACACCCUUCAGGGCUCUCGCUGUGCGCAACGAUCGGCCUAGCAGUGGGCAUUCCAUGUGGCAUGAUCUUGCUCAUUACCACAGGCACAUACCUGCUUUGGAAACGCAAUACGGCCAAGAGAGCGUAUCGGGCAAUGCGCAUCCAAGAUCUACGGGCGCAGGCCGGGAAGAAGGGACACGCACGUGAACUUGAUGGCAUCGGAACUAUGCGCCAAGAGAUGGAGACAUCCGCCAAUAUAGCUGAGUUACCGGGCAGGUUCUCUCGGCCCGAGUUGGCGCGGUACGAGUUGGGUGAAUGA